AUGUCAGCUGAAGGGUUUUGGUUAUUCGACGGUUUGGAAGAGGAGCCAUAUGGUCUUUUACCGCUUGUUAAUUUAUCUGGAAAGGGCGGACCGACAUCCACGAAAUUUGUCGAAAGAAUCGGCUCAUAUCAAUGGUAUUUGAAUGACGAAACACCUACCAUCGUUAUGCCCGGCAUGCCUCUAGAAUCUUUCUUCUGGGCUGGUGGCAAACUACAACAAGAUCACGGUGUAGUUAUAUACGACGUCAAUCACUUAAAAAUUCCAACAGGUUCGUUAGACACAGCAAUAUUAACUGCACAUCACAUGACAUCAAAGGCAGAAAAACCAAUUAAUUUCAACGAAUACAAUUUUAUCACCGAUGCUGUAAAUUUGCAAAAACUAUUUGCAUUUGCACAGGAAGCUGGUGACGGAUUGUUUCGAAUUGAUGUAGAGCGGAUAGGGAAAACCGUUUUAUUGACGAGAAUGGAAGCGUCAGAUCUCAUGGAAAUUGGUCAUGUAACAUUUGAUCAAGCAUUGAAACGAAAAAUGACGAAGGCGAGGUCAAAAUUCACUACUGGUCCAUUUUUCCAGCUUGUUUCUUAUCAUUUUGGCAAGUUCAAACUACUGGUGCGAUUCGAAGUUGACUGCGCUGAUUAUGCUAGUGUGGAAAUGCAAAAUGACAAUCAUCUGGAAAAAGAAGGCGAAUUGGAACCAAAAAAGAAGAGAUUUAAUGAAAAUAAUGCAAUUUCAUACAUGGAAUAUGGUGAAGUGCCACGAAAUAUCGCGUUGCAACUUCUAACAACCUAUCCACAAGGUGCUGGAUUUCCAUUCUUUACCUGGGCACAAAUGUUUUUCACCGCUGCAGAUCAGGAGAUCGUUGGCUGGUUCAAAGGAAAUGGCGAUUUUGGAAAACCAGCUAUGAAUGCUCUGUCGGACAUUUCUAAACUAAUCAAGCCUCUGCCCUAUGUGGUGCUAUCAAAAGUUCACGAUUGCCUAGAUAAAAUUGCGAAGUUUUUGAUAAAAAAUGAUCCUGAAUUCAAAUGUUCUUUGAUAUGGAAAGGUAAAAAUCACCUAGAAAUUUUUGCUAAAACGAGUACCACUGGGGCUGUUUCACCUGGAGUAAAAGAACUGCUGAAAACGCAGUGCAAGGAACCAGAUGAAUUGGAAGAAUGA